AUGGCUUUCGGUCGUGCAGGUGGCCUCGGCCAAGAUGGUCAUCACUAUGAUCCGAACCAACUCCGACCAUAUCAGCACGGGCCGACCGAUCAAUCCUAUGUCACCGACCCAACACAUCCCGACUACGACCCCAUGGUCGAUCCUAACCUCCAACUCAAGACCGUCAGGACAGCUGCUGCAUCCAUCGCUGAAUCGCAUCGCUCAGAGCAACGCAGAGAUGACCGCAACAAAGCUAAACGCACCCACAGCCUCUCCCACAAGCUCUUCCGUGGUCGAACACUCCGCAAACAGCAACACAAGAACUCCACUCUGGCCCAGCUGGUCAACGAAGAAGCCAAGAAGCGACGCUCCGACGGGCCUGCCGGUUACCACUAUGAUCAGGACCAGGACGCUGCAUUUGCUACUGCUCAGCAAGGCUUGGUACCCACCACUGCCAUCGCUGAAGAGGAGGAGGACGAAAAGGAGCCGACACCACCGGCUCCCGAUUCGCAGCCUGCUGGUCCGACCAUGCGAAAGAUGAAGCCAAAGAAGCGCAGAAAUGUCUAUGUCAAUGUACCGCCACCCCACUCCGAGCUUGGCAAGAACGGCGAGCCAGCCGCUGUCUAUCCGCGAAACAAGGUUCGCACCUCCAAGUACACCAUCGCCACCUUCCUUCCUAGGUUCCUCUUCGAGCAGUUUCGUCGAGUGGCCAACAUCUACUUCCUCGGUCUCGUGGUUCUUCAAGUCUUCCCUACCUUUGGCGCCACCAUCCCACAGAUUGCCAUGCUGCCGCUUGUCGCCAUUCUCACCAUCACUGCCAUCAAGGACUCGAUAGAGGACCAUCGCCGACAUGCUCUCGACAACGAAGUCAACAACUCUGCAGUCACCCGUCUCGGAAGCUGGCGGAACCUCAACCAGGCCAAGGACCAGCGAUCAUGGUAUCAGAAGCUCUUUGGUCUCUCUGGAAGGGGGCAUGGCAAAGUCUCAAAAGGUGUGCGCAAGCUGCGAGAAAAGGAGGACGCGAUCGGCCUGCGCCAAGUCAACAGCAGCUCGCGGCGAGCCAACGAUGAGCAGCUUGACGCCCGACCCAACACCCGAAGUCUUCGCAGCGACAGCCUCGUCAGCUCUCACGCGCUGGGCACCAUCGUCAGCGAAGGUGAACGAGAAAAUGGCAGCUUUUACGGCUCGGGUUACAACCAAUCUGCAAGCUAUGCCGAUGCAAACGCCAGCAGCGUCUCGGUACAUCAGCCACUCCAGGCGACCCAUAAACAGUCGGCUCCCAGCGCAGCCACCAACAGCAGCAAUGUCGAGGGCGUCGUCGACUACCGAAGGCAUACACCUGGCUCGGCGCGAUGGGAGCGAACUCUCUGGAAGAAGCUCGAAGUGGGCGACAUUGUCAUGCUGCGCGAGGACGAGCAGGUCCCCGCCGACAUUGUCGUUCUCAACUCCUCCGAUCCGGACGGCAAUGCGUAUGUCGAGACCAAGAACCUCGACGGAGAGACGAAUCUCAAGGUACGCAAGUCGCUCAAGGCUACCAUGGGCAUCCAGUCCGAGGAAGACGUCGAGCACGCUCGCUUUGUCAUCGACAGCGAAGCACCGCACGCCAACCUGUACAGCUACAACGGUCUGCUCGAGUACACUGUCAACGAGCCUAGCAAGGAGGGAAACUUUGUCGACACGCUCGAGUCGUUGCCGCCUGACAGCAGCGCCUAUGCAGCCAUGGAAGCUCGCACGCGACGCGUCGAACCCAUCACCAUCAACGAGGUCCUGCUGCGAGGGUGUGCUCUGCGAAACACCGAGUGGAUCAUCGGCGUCGUCCUCUUCACGGGAGAAGACACCAAGAUCAUGCUCAACUCGGGCGAGACACCGUCCAAGCGCUCCAAGAUCGAGCAGGAGACCAACUUCAACGUCAUUGUCAACUUCCUCAUCCUCAUGAUCCUUUGCGCUCUUUGUGCCGUCAUCGGCGGUCUCCGUCUCAGCAACACUAACACCAGUCGUGCUUACUACGAGGUGGGUGCCGAGAUCAGCACCAGCAACGUCGUCAACGCGCUUGUCAUCUUUGGCUCUUGCUUGGUCGUCUUCCAGAACAUCGUGCCCAUCUCGCUCUACAUCUCGAUCGAGAUUGUCAAGACGAUUCAGGCCUUUUUCAUCUACCAGGACAUCGAGAUGUACUACGCACCGCUCGACUACCCAUGUGUCCCCAAGACGUGGAACAUCUCGGACGACCUUGGCCAGAUAGAGUACAUUUUCUCGGACAAGACUGGCACAUUGACGCAGAACGUCAUGGAGUUCAAGAAGUGCUCGAUCAACGGCGUCUCGUACGGCGAAGGAGUCACUGAGGCCAUGAUCGGCGCCAUGAAGCGUGAAGGCAAGGACGUCUCUGGAUUCAGCGCGGAGAGGCAAGAGGUCGAGCUGGCUGCGUCCAAGAAGCGCAUGGUCGAAAUCAUGAACCGGGCCUUCAAGAACAGGUAUUUGCGGCCCGACAUGAUGACGCUGAUCUCGCCGCCAAUGGCUGAGACCCUGGCCGCCGGCGCUUCGGAUCCACAGCGCAAAAAUAUCGUCACUUUCUUCCGAGCCCUCGCUCUUUGCCACACCGCGCUCGCAGAUCGACCGGAUGGGAACGAUCCGUUCACGGUCGAAUACAAAGCCGAGUCGCCGGACGAGGCCGCCCUCGUUGCAGCUGCUCGCGACGCUGGUGCCGUCUUCAUUGCGAAGAACAACAACACGGUCGACAUCGAGGUGCUUGGUCAGCCAGAGCAGUGCACGCCGCUCAAGGUGCUCGAAUUCAACAGCACUCGAAAGAGGAUGUCAGUCAUUGUGCGUGAAGCCGACGGACGCAUCCUCAUGAUCACCAAGGGUGCCGAUUCGGUCAUCUACCAGCGACUCCGUGCCGAUCAUCCCGAAGAGCUUAAGCAACAGACCUUCAACGAUCUCGAGGCAUUUGCCAACGCCGGGCUUCGAACGCUUUGCAUCGCCUACCGCUACCUGGAAGAGAAGGAGUACUUGGAGUGGGCACGUAUUCACGAUGAGGCCAGCGCCAGUCUCACUGACCGCGAUGACGCCAUUGACGAGGCUAACGAAAAGAUCGAGGUCAAUCUCACCUUGCUUGGUGCCACCGCACUCGAAGACAAGCUGCAGGUCGGUGUGCCCGAGGCGAUCGAGACUCUUCACAAAGCCGGCAUCAAGCUCUGGAUUCUCACGGGCGACAAGUUGCAGACCGCGAUCGAGAUUGGCUUCAGCUGCAACCUGCUGACUUCGGACAUGGAGAUCAUGAUCAUUUCAGCCGAUCACGAGACAGGCACGCGAGCUCAGCUGGAGGCAGCCUGCAACAAGAUCGCGGCAGCGGGCAGACUCGUCGUGGUCGAGGAGCCACCGAAGCGCAAGGGCGGCAAGGGGCGCUCGAACCGCCUCACUGUCGAGCGGACCGAGCAAGCUCCCAAGGAUGGCUUCGCCGUAGUCAUCGAUGGCGAGACGCUCCGUUAUGCGCUCGACUCAAACCUGCGUCCGCUCUUCCUCGCCCUGACUACGCAGUGUGAAGCGGUGGUCUGCUGUCGUGUCUCGCCAGCUCAGAAGGCACUCACGGUCAAGCUGGUCAAGGACGGAAAGAACGCUAUGACGCUCGCCAUCGGCGACGGUGCCAACGACGUUGCCAUGAUUCAAGAGGCGCAUUGCGGUGUCGGUAUCGCCGGUCUUGAGGGUGCCCAAGCAUCGAUGAGUGCUGACUACGCCAUCGGUCAGUUCCGAUUCUUGACUCGACUGCUGCUGGUCCAUGGUCAGUUGUGCUACCACCGUAUCUCGGACCUGCACAAGGUGUUCUUCUACAAGAAUAUCAUCUGGACCUCGAUCCUCUUCUUCUACCAGAUCCACUCGGACUUUUCGGGCUCCUACAUCUUCGACUAUACCUACAUCUUGCUGUACAACCUCGUGUUCAGCUCGCUCUGCGUCAUUGUCAUCGGCGCUCUCGACCAGGUGGUCAACAUCAAAGCGCUACUGGCGUUUCCGCAGACGUAUCAACGAGGCAUCAAGGGCGCCGAGUACACGAAGUUCCUGUUCUACAUGAGCAUGCUCGAUGCCGCCUUCCAAGGCGCGGUCUGCUACUUCAUUCCGUGGUGGUUCUUCACUUACGGUCCCAUGAUCGGGCCCCAUGGCCAAGAGAUGGACGGUCUCAGCAUGUUUGGUACUACCAUCGCUGCAGGUGCGGUGACAACAGCCAAUCUGUACGCUGGUAUCAUUGCCAAACACUGGACGGGCAUCUUUUGGGCGGUGGAGAUCAUCUCGCUGCUUAGCGUCUAUGUAUGGACCCUGGUCUAUUCGGCCUUCCCCGUCUUCACCUUCCAGGAUGUCGGCUUUUGGCUGGUGCAGACGGUCAACUUCUGGGUCAUCAUCCUGCUCAUCACGGUGGUCUCGUUGUUGCCACGCUUCUUCGCUCGCGCUUGGCGAUGUGCCUUCCGUCCCAACGAACACGACAUUGUACGCGAGGCCUGGACGCACGGCGAUCUCAAGGACCAGCUCGGAAUCGCUCACCAGAAUAAAAAGAGAGCAAGACGAGCCGCUGCCGCGGCGAAGCGCGAUAUCUAUAACGAGACUGCCCCGCACCCGGAUGAUUCGUAUGGAGGCGGUAAAGAUCGCGAUCUUGAAGGUCAGAACAAUCUCUUCCUCAGCGCCAAACGAUCAACGGAACGCCAGCGCCAUCAGCAACGCUUCAACCUGUCGGCUGUGGGCGAGGAAGACGACAGGUCGGACACCUCGGCCGAUCCGCUGCACAUGGGUGACUACCAAGACCAGUACGCCCGACACAAUGCUGGCGGCUAUGGUCAGAAGAAGUCGCCCCAGCCUUCCCCCUACAGUCCUAACCCGGCUUAUGACCGCACCAACGGCAUCGUCUCUGGUCUGUCGUUCUACGAUCCGGAAGCGAUCCCCAUGAGUGGUGGCGGGAUGAGCCCACAGGCCGUCCAAGACUACCGCCACGGCAAUGUGGAUCCUGACAAGACGCCACGACCCGAUUUGCCGGCGAUUCGUGUUGAGGACCCCAACCAGAACCGAGCCGGUCUGGGUGCAGGGCAUCCGAUGCUGAUGAAGCAGCCCUCGACGGACAGCUUCAAUCGCGCCUUUGACGAUGAGUUUGGCGCCGAGUACGACACCGGCGUCAACCCAUAUCCUGCUGCAGCAGGCAACGGGUACGCUCCUCCCGGCUCUCGAUCCGUAUCGAAUUCGAGCUACGGGUCCGGUGCAACGCACACGGGCGCGCGAUCCUACCAAGCAGCACCGACAGAUCCGCUGUCGGAUCACUCGACGUCGAAUCCCACGACCCCGACCAAGACCGCCGCCGCGCGCUACCACGACCGCUUCAAGACGCCCUCGCCCCCCUCGCGAUACGACUCGUCGGGCAUGACCCAAUCGACGUCCCAACAGAGUCUUUCACCGAGACCAGCGAGAGGCGGCCACGCACAGGACCUCUCCUCCGCCUCCCAAGGAUCUUGGCACACCGCUGACGCCCACGACCGCGCCCCCUCCGACGCGUCCAAGUUCAUGGCCCUUUAA